AUGUCGGCCUCUGUUACUGCUGCUCGCUACGGAAAGGACAACGUCCGUGUUUGCAAGGUCCACCGGGACGAGAAGACCGGUGUGCAGACGGUGGUGGAGAUGACCGUCUGUGUGCUGUUGGAGGGAGAGAUUGAGACUUCCUACACCAAGGCAGACAACAGUGUCAUUGUCGCUACGGACUCGAUCAAGAACACCAUCUACAUCCUCGCCAAGCAGCACCCCGUCACUCCUCCCGAGCUCUUCGGCUCCAUCCUGGGCACCCACUUCAUCCAGAAAUACAAGCACAUCCACGCCGCGCACGCUCACAUCAUCACCCACCGCUGGACGCGCAUGAACAUUGACGGCAAGCCCCACCCUCACUCCUUCGUCCGCGACAGCGACGAAACCCGCAAUGUCCAGGUGGACGUGACCGAGGGCGCCGGCAUCGACAUCAAGUCCUCCAUCUCUGGCCUCACCGUGCUCAAGAGUACCGGCUCGCAGUUCCACGGGUUCCUGCGCGACGAGUACACCACCCUCAAGGAGACCUGGGAUCGGAUCCUCAGCACGGAUGUCGAUGCCUCGUGGCAGUGGAAGCGCUUCAGCGACCUCGCCGAGGUCCGCGCCAACAUUCCCAAGUUCGAUGCCGCCUGGUCCGCGGCCCGGAAGAUCACCCUCAAGACUUUUGCGCAGGACAACAGUGCCAGUGUGCAAGCUACUAUGUACAAGAUGUCCGAGCAGAUCCUAGCGGCCGAGCCCUUCAUCGAGACUGUCGAGUACUCUCUGCCUAACAAGCACUACUUUGAAGUUGACCUCAGCUGGCACAAGGGCCUCAAGAACCUCGGCAAGGACGCCGAGGUGUACGCGCCGCAGACAAAUCCCAACGGGUUGAUCAAGUGCACCGUGGGCCGCUCAUCCAAAUCUAAGCUGUGAGAGUGUCUCAGUCAAAGGAUUGCAUUUCAUGAUUUGUCACGGGAGUUAGCCAAGGCAUAACUGUACAUAGUCUCUGGGAAUAGGGUAUUUCAUCUAGCAAUCAUCCAUCUUUCACUUGCGUAUAGUACAGAAAGCACCGAACAUGUAGACGACUGAAUCCCGCUUCAAAGGAGGAAACUGUUGGGAAUGAUCGAAUAGAAGAUAUCCUGAGAAAGAAAAAAACAAUAAGUCACAAAAC